GCUGCUUCUCUGCCCUCACAGGCUCCUCCCUGCCCAGGCCAGCCAGACCCCAGCUACAGCCUGGACUAUGAGGGCUCCAGCGAGAGCAGCUCCAGUCCCGAGCCUGACCCUCGGGGCCCCGAGCUCUUCUGCCUCGAGUUCGAAGCCGACAGCGGCGAUGUCACAGCUGUCAUCGUCCACCAGGAUGACAGUCCUGAGGAGGUGGUGCAGCAGGUGUGCGCCCACAGCCCGCUGGAACCUGCCCUGCGCCAGGCCUUGUGCCAGCGGGUGCGGGAGGAGCUCCACAAGCGCCAGGCCAGGCCCUGAGUGGGCGGCAGGUGCUGGGCCCAAGCCUGUCCCGCUGCCCAGCCAAUAAACGCUGCUGGGAACACAGGA